AUGGCCGCGGACCCAGCUGCACAACGUGCAUAUCUUCAGGCUAAUGUGGAUGCAGACUUUGUGUUCCUUCUUGAGGAGCAUGGGGUCGAUCUGGCACUUCAGUUUGCUAUCGGUCAACAUUACAAGAGCAUUCGCACUUUUGCUGCUUUCGCCGAUGAUCGUGGUGCAGCACGUACUGCGAUUACAGCCGAUUUCGCUAUCAGGCCUGAGAGCGCUGCGGAUCGAGCUAGGAUGGCAUGCAUCAUCACUGCUUGGGAAGCUUCCAAGAUGAUUCGAGAGGAGGAAGCUAAGCUUCGUGCUGAGGCUAAGGUUUUGGGUGUUCAGAAGCCACUCGCCUCUUCGGAUCGCGCGGCCAUGCGGGUCGCCCUGGAAGCUGUUCGAGGCUACACCGUGCCGGAGUCCGAGGAGCCGGCGCCUGAGUACUUGGCACACAAGCUUGAACAGAUUGAGAAUGGCGAGCCCACUGCCAGCUAUCUUGAUGAAGUUAUCUCUCGAAAAGAGUCCAACUCGCUUCAACUUCAGACUUCCUUGGACAAUCAGGGCCGGCUUCGGGUCAUGCGACAGAAGCCAAAAGGUCGCCUUCCGCAGAAUACGGAGGAGCUGCGGGCGAAGCUUCGUCUCGAGGCCUCCACUUGGGUCAUGCUCUCAGCCAAGUGUCGCGGUCGUGCAUAUUUGCAGGGGCUGCAGUUGUCACACUUUGAUCGUUUCCUUGAGUUCCUAUUGGGUGACAAGUGUUACAGCAUGCAAGUGGCUUCCAAUGCUCCCGCAAGACGGCAAAGGGGAAAAGGCGGCAAGGACGGCAAGGGUGGCAAGGACGGCAAAGGGGGCAAGUCCACUGGCAAGAUUCAGGUCGGGGAGUCCUGGUAUGAGUUGGUGGCCAAGACUCCGGAUGGUCGUGAGCUUUGUUAUGCCUACAAUAUCAAGCGUGGAUGUCAGGUCAAGGGAUGCCAGCGCGUCCACGCGUGUCGCGUGAAGGGCUGCCAGGGCAACCAUCCGGCAUAUCAACACGGUCCGUCUCGCAAAUCGGAUGUUCGUGGCUCCCUGGAGGCGCUUUGCAAGGCACAGAGUAUCACUUUGGUAAUGUCAGAAAUUGACAUCUGCCGCGAUCCCAAGCUAGACCUUUUGGAUCCUGCCAUCGCCGAUCGAUGUUUGCAGGAGGUUAAGAACUCUGAGUGGGAUGUGGUCUUGGUGACCCCACCCUGUGGGACCUUUUCGCGGGCUCGGUGUGUACAGCCGGGUCCUCGGCCACUGAGAUCACGUCUUUAUCCUCGGGGCUUUCCUUGGCUAUCCGAUUCUCACCGAGCUCUUGUUGAACAUGGCAACCAGCUUGUUUCUUUUGCCUUUUACAUCUGCACAAAUGCGCUUUCGAAUUCAGUACCUUUCCUACUUGAGCAUCCUGAAGAUCUGGGGCUCACUUCCAACGGUCAUGCUCCGGCUUCCAUUUGGCAGCUACCGGAGGCCGUUGCUCUUUUCAAGCAUGAGAAUGUCAUCACUUUCGCAGUAUACCAAUGCCAAUAUGGGGCGUUUUCGCCCAAGCCCACACGUUUUCUGUCUUCUAUUCCGGUUACUUCUCGAAUGCCCUUCACUGGGCCGCCUCGGUUUGACGCUUCAGAUCGAUACCUCGGCCCUUUGCCGAAAUACUGUGGUCAUCGGCAUCGGCAAAAACUGCUCGGGCCUGCCGCUACUUCCGCGGCUGCAGCUUACCCGGACGAUUUGUGCAGAACCAUUGCUGAAUGGUGUUUCUCCGUCUUCGAUGGGGGGGGAACACUGGCUGCAUUGGCUCCUACACUGGUGCUGGGACCGGGUUUUCAGUUUCCAGCGAGGGAGGUGGAGGCUGGCUCGGGCGCUUCCCCUGCGGAGCGACUUGCUGCAGAAUGCUUGAGGAGCGGGACAAUUUCGCACGGGCAACUUCUGCGCAUCUCUGAAUUGCUGCCGGAUGAAGACAGAGUUCGACAGACUUCUAGGGUGAUCGAAGGUCAGCGAUCGUUCACUGCAGGAGCCUUUGUUCACUCUGACAAGCUCGCUGAAUCGGACCGGGAUGCUUUACUUGACUUGGGAUUCGACCUGCCAGGAAAGCGAAAGCGGGACCACUGCGAGACCACGACCGCAGGGGAUGCUGGCGACGAUGGGAAGGAGAUUGAGGACCUACCUUAUAGUGAGCUGAAAUCUGGCUGUGAGGGACCGCCCUUGGUGGGCGAGUUUGCAGGGGCGACUGACGAGUUUGUGGACGGCUUCGGUAGAUGCUCGCCGGGGCGUUGGAAACCUAUCUGCCGGGGGCGCCACAUGUCUCCUGCCGCCACUUCCUUUGCACAACAGCUUAAAGAUCGUGUUCGAAAGUUUGUUCUUGAAAACGUGCCUGAUCUGGCAAAAGCGACUUUUCGUCUGGCGACGGGGCAUUGGAAUGGUCCCUUGUUCGCUCCGGAGGCAAUGGACAAACUUCGCGAGGACUGGUUCUGCAUGCUGCCGGAUCCUGCACGAGCAAGGGAGCUGAUUCCUCAUCAGCCGUUCUACUUCAGGGCAAUGGCACAGACCCUAAAAAUCUUGGAGGAUCCCGACUACCGCAUCAUCGAGGAGGGCAAGUUCUGCUUCGUGAAUGGUGUGGAGGUCGGACACACUGCGCCAUUGGGGCCGGUCCCUCAAGUCUUCAGAGCUCGUCGAAAGGAUCAGAAAUACGAUGAGUCCGACUGGCAACCGCUGAUGGAUAAUUAUCGGGACGGCCCUGAGGUUGCAAAAUCGCUUGAGGAAGCAUUUGCAAAAGAAGAGGCAGAAGGCCGUAUGUUCCCACUCUCUCUUUCAGAGGCCCGGGCCCGCUAUCCGGGGGCGGCACUUCGUAUUGCAGCGCAGGCGGUGAUUCCGAAACCUGACCAAGAUUUUCGUGUGGUCCAUGAUGGGACCCACGGGGUCCACGUUAACAAUGAGAUUGUUAUGCUGGACCGUCUUGAAUCGCCAGGGGCUAGGGAAGUGUCCGCGAUCCAAAAGCUGGGCAGCGUGUCUGAUGAGAAAGUCCUCUUCGGUCUCGUGGGGGACGUGAAAAAGGCGCACAGGCGCUACUUGCACCAUCCCGACCAUUGGGGGGUGCUCUCCUGCAGAACGAGGAGCGAUUCCUCUGUGGUCUGGGUCAAUCGCACUGGGACUUUCGGAAUUGCUUCAGCGGCUUAUUGGUUUGCGCGGAUCAUCGGUCUCGUGGGCAGGCUUUCCCUCAGAGUUCUCCUUCAGUCAUUCCUCUUCAUGCUCAUUUAUGCCGAUGAUCUACACGUGCUCAGCGGGGGACCCGAUCGCUGGCUCAAUCUCUGGAUGUCCCUUGCGCUACUAUGCCUUCAGGGGACCCCCUUCUCAGAACGAAAGUGGGGUGGGGGACUGCAACUUGAUUGGGUCGGUUAUUGGAUUGAUUAUGGACGCUUCAAGCUGGGAAUAUCUGAAAGGAGGUGCCAUUGGAUCAUCAGUGGCAUCGAAUCCAUGGAGGGAAACGGCUCGCUUGUGGAUGUCCGACGAUUUCAUGAGCUUCACGGGAGACUCGGUUUCAUGUCCCAGGUCUUAGUUUGGAUUAGGCCCUUCUUGGCUCCUGGUUACGCUUGGCUGGCUGCUGUGAGGAAGGGAGCUGUGCUCGCGCUUCCCAAUCUUAUCCGUUGUGUCUUGAGGUUUAUCGCUGACCGCUUGAGGCACGGUGCUCGUACUUACGAAUCGGGCCGUCUUGAGAAGGACUGUGGGGAGCUCUUCCGCACGGAUGCCGCUUGCAAUGAUUCUUCGGUUGUCUUGGGCGGAUGGUUUUUGCACAAAGGGCCGGAGCCAAAGAAGGCCCCAUGGUUUCAGAUCACUUUGAGCAGGGACGACGCUCCUUGGUUGUUCAAGAAGGAUUCGGGCAGUUCGUGGGCGAGCACUUCGGCUGAGGUUCUUGCUUCGCUUGCGGCGCUACACUUGUUGAGACGUGACUUCAAGGAUCUCUGGUCAGUUCCUGGACACUUCCGUGCUUGCUUCUGUGGCGGGACUGAUAAUAAAUCUGCCGAGGCGCUGUCUUGCAAGCUGCUCACGACUCGAGUGCCUCUCAUGUUUGUGGUGAUGGAGUUCGUCACCUUUUGUGACGCUCUGGGUUUCAGAUGCAACCUCAGCUGGAGACCCAGGGACUCCAACCAGGAGGCGGACCGCAUCACCAAACAUGUUUUCGAGGACUUCGAUGAAAACUUGAGACUGCCUUUCAGCUGGUCAGAUAUGACCUUAUCAGUUCUGCCGUCUCUCUUGAGAUUCGCGAGCUUUCAGUCUGAACUUGAUUCCAUCAAGGCCUCGAUUGCGGAUGAUGGAACAACCUCAGCUCCUCGAAUAAGGUUCGAGAAAAGUCAGUGGGGAUGA